AUGAACUCUGUCGUUGAUACCGAACACGCGCAACACCAAUCUCAUUCGACAGCCCACUCCAACUCCUCCGACUCCCCUUCUGUACCUUACCACAUCGCCAUGCAAUCCCAACAACAAUCUUUGCUCAGACCGGAAUCUCCCUCCGACAACAACAUUAAUAGCCACAUGCAUCUCCACCAUCCUAUCCAAUCCCAGCAAGCGUCCCUUUACGAUCUACAUUCUCAACAAAACCAAAUGUACAGCGCUGGCGCGGAUUACUCCUCCGAUGUCGAACAGAGGCAACACCACUCCGCCAAAAUAAAUGGCUUUCCUCCCAUGUCAAACGGACCGUUUAGGUCACCUCCCUAUCAGUAUGGCACCAAUGGUCGCUCUCGAACACUUACAGCAUCGUCCAUCCUUCCACCUUCCAUAUCAGCUCGGGAUGGUCCGACUUCGUAUUAUUCACCAUCGGCGUCUGACGUUUUCUCACCUCAGAUGACAUCGCCCACCCAACCCCACAUGCAGCCUUUCGAUGCACGAGCCAGUCAUGAUUUCGCUGCAUCUCAAGCAGGUUUGGUGGGCCCGAGUCAUAAGUCGUUUGGAAUUGAUGCGUAUGGUAAUGGUGCAGUCGGCUCCGGUCUCGGGGCUUACCAAACGAAUGGCAAAGCCCUUGUGCAUUCCAAUGGCUACGCUGUACAAUCCACCACGUACAACAACGUCCAGCUUUCCUCGCAAACGCCUUACGGGCCUCAUGUAGCAACCCCACUGCCCUCUGGAUCUAUCAACGGCUCUAGUGCCGGCGCUCCCCAUGCCAUGUUGACUACUAAUGGCAUCGGCUUACUGGGAGCAGGGGCUACCCGUAAUGAAGCAUCCCAUGAAGAGAUAUCCACAAUUUUUGUUGUAGGAUUUCCCGACGACAUGCAGGAACGCGAAUUUCAGAAUAUGUUCACUUUCUCCCCAGGAUUCGAAGCUGCAACUCUGAAGAUACCCAAUGGCAACAAGGAUUUCCAUGCUUACGGCACGUCUGCCUUGAGUGGUCGAACGGGUGCGGGCUACAGUAACGGGUAUAUGGGACCCAACGAUCCGUACAACCUUGUCACCGUCAAUCAGGGUGGCGUAGUCGUAGACAACGGUCGCGACGGCAUGCUCUCGUCUUGGGGUCCAAAUACAUCUGGCGACGAAGGUCCCUCAGGUCAAUUCCUAGGUCAAAACGGCUUGGGUAUCCCUCGCAAGCAAAUCAUCGGAUUUGCUAAGUUCAGGACUCGAGAGGAGGCACUAGCAGCCCGUGAUGUGCUGCAAGGCAAACGCGUUGAUAUGGAGAAAGGCGCCGUCCUCAAAGCUGAAAUGGCGAGAAAGAAUCUACACACGAAGAGGGGCGUUGGCCCAGUGACCGGCCUUGCAGGCGCGGGUGCCUCCGACAUGGUUGGUGGAGCUCUUGCUAGCAUGGGUUCUCUUCAGCAAGGCCUCGUCACCGGGCUGGGCGAAACUCUUGGAUACGUGAAUGGCGCGGAGCUCAGUAACCGUGAUCGCGAAAUGGGUAUGCUUGGUGCCAUGGGUAUCUCCUACAAUGGUCGAUGGCGUGAUCAGCUCGUCGAUCCCAAUUCUGUGCAAGGACGGAGGGAGAGGGAUGAAGAAGACAGGCGGCGCGAGCGUGAAGCUGGCAUCCUCAACGCCAUGGGCCUUUCUUCCACUCGUGGAGCCCGCGAGAGGGCUGAAGAAGAAGAGGGUCAGCGUCGUCGUAACAAACUUCGCGUAGGGAAUAGCGCUGCCUACGAUGCCUUCCACUCCGUCCCCGCUAUGGCGAUGUCGAGGCAAGGGUCUCAACUCAACGGCACCAAUUCGCUUCUCAAUGCAGAGCGUGAGGGCUUGAACGGAGCUGUCACGUCUAAUGGAUACGUAGACCGAGGCUUCCCAGCUCUGAGCGAUGAUGGCAUGCCGCCUUGGGAACAAGUUGUCAAAACUGCACCUCUGCCGAUAUCUACGUCGUCGCAGCGCUCGUCCUCCCCCCACCUGACCUCAAGCUCUGCGAACUCCAAUUCUGAUCCAGCUCGUUCCUUCUCUCCGUCAGUUGGCGGGCAGGAUCAAGGGCGCCAGCACUCCCAGUCCAGUUCGAGCUCCUCGUCAAGUGUCAUCGGUCCCGUUCAAUAUGGUGUAACACACGUGCAUGGUGUUAUCGGCGGCCCUCUUCGAAAUGGUGAUAACGUUGAUGCGGACAUGGCGAGAGCAGUAGGCGACCUCGCCGUCAAUAUCAACAACGGAAACACGUCGCCUCAAUUGCCGUCACCCUCUUCCGGCACCAGUUCUGGCGGGAGCGGCCGCAAUGGUGUAGACCAGAAUCCUCCUAUUAACACCCUCUACGUCGGAAAUCUGCCAAAUUCUCUGUCCCCUCCAGGUCAGUCCCAAGACUGCCUGGAAGACAGGUUGCGCGACCUUUUCAAGGCCCAGCUUGGAUACCGUAAAAUGUGCUUCCGCCAAAAGGGUAAUGGUCCUAUGUGCUUUGUUGAGUUCGAUGAUGUUUCAUACGCCACCAAAGCUCUUCAGGAACUCUACGGGCAUACCCUGAACGGCUUAGUGAAAGGCGGCAUUCGACUAUCCUAUAGCAAGAACCCGCUCGGAGUUCGUACGCCCACAAGUGCCGGUAGCAAUGGACCGACUAUGCAGCAGCAACAAUUACAAGCUGCUUCUAUCCAGCAAUCUAGUCCAUACAGUUCAGACGUCUUUUCUAACAGGUUUGACGACCAAGUGAGACCAACAAUCCUUCGCCGCGACACCAAUCCACCUCCCGCACAAGGCAACUACAUGACCUCGCCUCCUCCCCGUUUCGUGUCACCAGUCCCUCCGACAGUGAAUUUUAGCUCGUCCAGCUCUGUGCCCAAUAUCCUCCCCAGAGGUAGCCAACCUAACCUCCAGGGCUACGCUUCCUCCUUCUCUCCCUUCGGCCUACCAAGUCCUUCAUCAUUCGACUCGGAUUCCGGGGUACCUGAGCCUGACCCAUCCUAUUCACACCAUGGUUCCAGUCCCCCAUGA